AGCAGUUGACAACUGGGAGGAUGUCGGUGACGGAAUUAUUGGGGUGGCACGGAAAUGAAUUUUAUUUCCUGGCCACUGAGGAAGCAGCGCCAUCGCAAAGCCAUGUUUAUAGAGCCGAUCUGAAGUCGAAAGUUUCACAGUGCGUUUCAUGCUCUUGGAUCAACUCCAGAGGCGAAACUUGUAGCAGAGCCAGUGCAGAUUUCAGCGAACGUCUGUCUUACUUCAUUUCCAGGUGUGAAAGCAGGUUCUUGCCACCGGAAUUCAACCUGACCCACACGGAAACCAUGUCCCCCAUUCGAACCCUGGCCAACAACACGGAAGCCUUCCACGGCAUCAGUUCCCUCCAACUUCCGCUUCAAGUCGACUUCCGGAUCCCAGUUUCCGAUGCUGACCGGAACUCCGCCGAAGUUCGCCUCCUUCUCCCGCCAGGGUUCUCAUCAAAACAAAAAUACCCCCUGCUAGUCACAGUGUACGCAGCACCCGAUUACCAAAGCGUCACUGACACCUACACCGGCGUCGAUUUCGGCAUUUUCGUGUCGAGUGGCCUGAAUUACAUUCACGCGUCGAUCGACGGU